UAGCUCUUGUAGAGAAAUUGUCAAGAAAUACGGGUAAGGAUCUCAACAAUAUGGGGGUUGAGGAGUUAUUCGCCCUUCUCUUUAAAGAGCCUCUCAGCAGCGUAGAGGACCCUGGAAGGAACAUGCUAAUAGUGAUAGAUGGCCUGGAUGAAAGUGACUAUCGCGAUCGGAAUGAGUUACUUGAAGUCAUUGCCAAUCACUUUUGCAAGCUUCCAAUGUGGAUUCGAUUUCUUGUCACAAGCCGACCCGAGAGGAACAUUGCAAAAACAUUAAGACAUUUGCAACCGUUUCAGCUGGAAGCAGAGGAUGAGCAAAAUCGAAAUGACAUCAAGCGCUUCAUUGGAAAGAAAUUAGAAUGCAUACCAGAAGCAGAAAACACGAAUGACAUUGUGGAAAUUCUAGUUGAAAAGUCGGAAGGGCUCAUGUUGUAUGCUUACUUUCUUCUUUUAUACAUCGAAGAGAAUCCAUCAGUUCUUAGGCAAGGAGACGAAACGGGCAACUUACCGUUAGGAAUUUCUACAGUAUACCAUCGCUAUUUCAAAAGGUUGGAGAGUGAGCUCAUGACUGAGCUUGGCAUCAAGGAAAAUUCUUUUUUGAAUUUCCUUUCUGCUCUUGCCGCAUCGAUAGAACCCUUGCCUAUCGACUUUGCUUCUCGGCUCUUGCUUUCAAGUACUACCGCAACAGCUAGUAAACGGAGACUUUUGAAUGCUAUAAGCAGUGUUUCUUCGCUUCUUCCCGUUCGAGGUGACCGUCUUCACAUUUUUCACAAGUCCAUCAAAGAUUGGUUAACAGAUAAAUUUUGUUACGAGGUGCACGACUUCCUCGUUGACGAGAGAAAAGGCCAUCGUUUACUUUCAGAACUUUGUGCUGCUGAAUUUGACAUUCUGGUGCAAAGACGAGUUGCGAAUUCUCUGAGUGACGCACAGUUUAAUGACAAGACAAGGUAUGCCUUACAACAUGGUGUUCGACACAUGUUAGAGGUCGACGAGGAUACAAGAAGAGAUGGCAUUGAGGACGUUGUGAGGAAGUAUGUGAUAAACGAAGAGCUUGUCUAUGCAAAGCUGUGUGUGAAUAGUACAGUGGCGACGGAAGAUAUUGUUUGUGUCCUAAAGGAAGAGAGCUUUAACUCGUUGAGUGGAGAAACGAAAGCUUCCCUGGAAACGUUGCUGUCCAUUCUACGUAAGAAAAGUCGGUCGCUGAUGGAGCUUCCGCAUGUUAUCUUACAGACUAUGGUGAACGAGAGCAGAUCAGUGCCAUCUUCAGAAGCUAAAACACUCUUGAAUAAGAAAUAUGAUGAAAUAUUCUAUAUGGAGCUGGUCAACAAGAAUCAACAGCAGUCAGUUGUGGAAGAUCAAUUUCAAUGUUCAUCAGAAGUGCUUUGUCUCGAUAUUUCACCAGACCAGGAUUAUAUGGUGUGUGAAUGUUAUGAGGAACAGAUUCAGCUGUGGUCACUGAAGACGGGUAAAAUAGAAUGGAGAAAUCCUGUCUUAGUGAAGGAAUAUGACUUCAAACUUCCAUUUCGUGAAGGACUUUUAGGUGCAGAAGAAACAUUUUCUGGGACGUAUUCAUUUUAUCGAUCCGUUGCCUUUCAUCCAGAUGGAAAACAUAUACUGCCUGGAAACCUAUCCACAGUUUAUACCAUUGAUGGGAAAAAGAAAGAGCUUUUCAGCACGAGUAAGUGUAGAUUCUCUGUGUGUACAUUAUUAGGGGACAACACCGCGAUGCUUACAGACUGUCCAAACAGUUCCAAAUGCCUAGUCUUUUGGAGUCUGGAUACCGGGAUAGAGAUGUCUCGCAUUACCAGAAAUGAAGAUAUAAUCUAUUUUCAGUGCUCUCCAGAUAAAAAUCUUCUGGCAGUCUCCCACUCCACGGGCUCACUAUGUCUGUUUGAUUUACAGAAUGAACUAACUGAGUUAGGAUCAAUAUCGACAAAUUCACCUUGGGGACUUAUGACUUUCUCCGUGGAGAGUGAUGCUCUUGCUGGUCUGUGCUUGAAAAGAGUUGGUGGUCGACGUUUUCGCUGCAGAAUUACUACUAAUAGAUUUUCCCAAAGAAUUUUGAGUGACUUCAGUGAAAAACUUUUACUCGAUUGCGAAGAGAGUGAUCGGUCUUUCAUCGACGGAGAUGCCACAGGAAGUUUGACGUCGGCCUUGCGGAAUGUUAUUCCUUUCGGGAAAGCUGGAUCGCUAAUGAGGUUAAACAGCGAACGUGCAUUAUUAAGUAGCCCAAAUCUUCAACACGUGAGUUUGAUAAAUCUCGCUAAAAUUCAAGAGGCCGAUAUAGAGUUAGACAUUAUGAUUUUGAAUGUUGAUUUCUCCACUAAUGGUGAGAAUGUGUAUGUGGUGAGUCCGAGUCCACCAACAGUGACUGUAUGGGAAUUUCCAAGUUGGAAUCUAAAAGCAGAAAAAAACUACGAGAAUUUCCCUUCGAUUUUGCCUGUGAAAGAUGGUGUUAUUGUUUUGGACGAAACAGUGGAGCUUUGGGACGUUGAAUUGACGGAGUGUAAACGUCCGUGGGGCAACUUACAAGGGAAUCAGUUGCUACCUAUAUCAGAAGAACAAGUAGCUUGUUUGACCGAAGAUGGUACCGCUGCUGUCCUAUCUACCUCGGAUGGUCGUUCCCAGAUCAUUGGAAAUGUAAGAGGGUGGAGAGUCCUUGCGAUGAACAAAAAAUUCGAAAUGAUAGCCUGUAAACGUACAGGCGAAUUAUUAGUGGAGUACGCUGUUCACCUUUCAGACGCCUCGUUUUCAUCGCCUCGCAGAAUUUGGUCGUCUCCGAAAGGUAAGGUAGGCAAACUACCAGGAGGCUUAUUUUCUCCCAAAGGGGAUUUCGUGGUUCUACGGACCUCAAAGGUCGUAAAGAUCUACAAUGCAACCUCAGGGAAAUUACACCGCAAGUUACUCGAAAAGAACUAUGUGGUGGAUGUUAAAUUUAUUACGAACCAAGCGUUGAUAGUCUGUACAAGGGAGGAUGUUGGUAACUUUCUUCGAAUGUACGAUGUAAUUUCAGGCGAACAUUUGACUACGUUAGAUAUUGAAGAGGAACCUUUUUGUCUUGGCGUUUGCCUGAACAGUUUACUUGUCGCCGUGGGCCAUCGUGGAUCGGAUGUAAGGCUCAUCCAGGUACAUCUUCCAAGAAGCAAACGACUUUCUCAUGAGUGAGAAGAUGCUGGCCUUGUUUGCACGAACGAUGACGAAAUCUGGUGUGGUGCGGCUCAGAAAGACGAUUUACUACGAUUAUAAUGACGAUUUUUUUUUCAGACUGCGCAUGUGCUCGGCUGAGGGUUCUUUAAUCGAGCCCGGAAAGACCAAAACUUCCAACCAUUUUACGCUCAUCGAACACAAUCAUUUAUGUCUAAGAUUUACUGAGCUAUCUCAUGCGACUAAAACAUGUUUUUGUAUUUCUUGUAAAUAUAUGUUAUGCACUAUUUUCACUUACUUUGAACUCAUUAGUUACAAACCACUUUAUUUCGUGUUGGAAUAGUCGUUCUUUUGCAAGGAAUCUUCCUUAAUGGUACUUCAGUAAGACUGAUAGUCAAGAACUUCAAUUACUUCUUGUACAAAA